AUAAAUGUCUGACCUACUCACUAUUGUCAUUGUUCCGCUGAAGUGGGUGAAAAAUUAUCAUAAUACUUGGUUAUACAUGUGUCGGAGCAAGUAAACGAGUGACGAGUGUUGACAAACAUAGGAGAGAAAAAAAAAGGGAUGCACGCACCUCUGACACAUCUCUGUCCAGCCUGACCUGUCAUGUGUCAUCCCGUCCAUUAUGUUUGCAUCUGGGAGCGACAAGAACUCAUCCCCGUGGAGGCAUUUUUUGACGUAGCAGUAGGCUCGCAGUCGAGGUGAUCCCCAGGACAGACAGAAAAUGUCAUCCGAGCCCGACGAGUGACAGCCCUCGUCGCCCCGUCCCAGAAGUCGUCGCUGUACUUAUGCAACGACAGAAGGAGGAGGCCCCCUGCGCCCGGGAGGCCAGCAAGACGUGCAGCAUCUGCGGCGACCGCGCGCUCGGCUACAAUUUCAAUGCCGUCACCUGCGAGAGCUGCAAGGCCUUCUUUCGGCGCAACGCUCUCAAGAACAAGGACUUUCGAUGCCCCUUCUCUGAAAACUGCGAAAUAACUCCGGUAACUAGAAGAUUCUGUCAAAAGUGCAGGUUAGACAAGUGUUUUAACAUUGGCAUGAAGAAAGAGCUGAUUAUGUCCGAUGAAGACAAGGCUCUGAAAAGACGGAGGGUCGAGCAGAACAGGGCAAAAAAGAGACCAUCAGGUUUGGACAAUCAAAACGUGACCAAACCGAAAAGAGAAAGCGUAGACAAUGCUAGUUUUGAUGAUACGUCUACUUCGAUACCGUCUGUCAACUCUUCGAUUGCUUCUGCUGCGUCAGAACCAUGUUUUUGGGAGAAUGAAAAAAAAUGCGUUGAUCGGGGUGUUAAGAAACAACCAACAAUAAUCGACAGCAUGAGUCCAGCUACAGCUGCGAGUGUUCCCUCUAGCCCUCCAGAAAGUUGUGGCAUUGAUGGCACUAAAACCUUGGAAAUGCUCAAAAGUUCAGCUGAACAAGUUUCUGGUCAGAAUUUCACAAUGGAUGAUCAUUCAGUUUCAUACGGUUCUCUAGAUUUAAAUGUGGAAAAAAAUUUUUCUAGUCAAAUACACUUUGAUACUAAUUCUAGUACUUUAGAGCAAAAUAGAGAAAGCCCCAUACUUGUAAAGGUGCACGAAUAUAAUACAGCAUGCGAGCAAGCGGAAAAAAUAAGGCUUGCCAAUAAUUGCGUUACAUCUUCAAAAUGCAUCAUAGGACAUGGAACUUGUCUUUCCAAUUCUUCUAACAAACCAGCCUUGGGUGAACAUCACAUGUACAUGACAUAUCUAGACUCUUCGAGUACAAAGUUAAUUGAAUCGUGCGUGAACCAAGUUAGUUCAAGUAUAUGUCAAUCAAAUAUAGAGGAAACGAUUGCUUGCCAAGGUUCAAAAGAUUUCAGCACAUUUCAAAAAAUAACUCAAAAUUCAGCUGUCAUUUCCAAGUUAAUACAAAGUCCCCUCGUUAUUUCAAAGAUUAUUCAAGACCACAGCUUACUAGCUAAGCUCAUGACAGAUCCAGGAGUAAUUAAUAAAUUAAUGUCCGAUCCACAAAUAUCACAAUUGUUUGAGCAAAGUAUUACUGACAAUGUUCAAGAAGCUACUAAAAAUAUUUUAAUAAACGGCGAUGUAGGGUUGGUUAGGCAUACUGAAAUGUUGAAAGAUAAAACCUUAGAGAUUAUUAGGCAGCAAGUAGAAAAUCCUAUUUUAACAAAUUUAAUUACAGCGCGAAAUAUUGAAGAAUAUAAAAAUCAUGAUAGUGCUCACGUACGCAGUGAACAUAAAAAAAACCACGGUAUUACCAGAAACAUUCAAAGAGAAUUCAUUAGUGCAAAUAAACUUGAAUCUAUUUUAUGUGAAGCCAUCAAGUUGGAGUAUUCUCCAUAUUCAACUUUAAGCUGUGUCUCAGGCAGUAGAGAGUUAAAUGAUGCCGAAAGAGCGAAAUUAAAUGAACUUAUAGUUGCAAAUAAAGCUCUAUUAGCACCACUCGAAGAAGAUAUCACCAACUUGGUUGGCGAUAAUUGCAAUAUAAAGGAAAAUCCUAGCAGUAAAGAUCCCAAGCUUUUGGGUGUUAUUAACUUGACUGCUACAGCCAUUAGAAGGUUAAUAAAAAUGUCGAAAAAAAUCAGUGCUUUUAAGAAUAUGUGUCAAGAGGAUCAACUUGCAUUACUCAAGGGUGGAUGUACUGAAAUGAUGAUUUUGAGGUCAGCAAUUAAUUAUGACCCUGAUAAAGAUGCCUGGAAUAUUCCGCACAGCCAACAUAGAAUGGCUAAUAUUAAAGUUGAUGUUUUAAAAGAAGCUAAUGGCACACUUUACGACGAGCACAAGAAAUUCAUCAGAACUUUCGAUUCUCGCUGGCGAGAUGAAAAUAUUGUAUUGAUAUUAAGUGCCAUUGCUCUGUUUUCCCCUGAAAGGUCUAAAGUCAUACACAGCGAUGUUAUUAAACUUGAACAAAAUUCCUAUUAUUAUUUAUUGAGGCGGUAUUUGGAAAGUGUAUAUCCAGGAUGUGAGGCAAAAUCAAAUUUUUUAAAAUUAAUCCAAAAAAUGUUAGAACUGCAUAGGUUAAAUAAGGAAGUCGUUGAAGUCUAUUUAAAUGUUAACCCAUCGUGUGUGGAGCCAUUGUUGAUAGAGAUAUUCGACUUGAAGAAUUGAAUAGAUCUACUUGUUAAAUUAUACAUUCGUCAAUGUGAUGAUGCACGUAGUGCGUAAAUUAUAUUUUUUACAUUUAAAGACUUCUCUUUUGAAAUAUAUCGAAAAGUUCGCUCACGCGAUUGUAUGUUUUUAUAUGUUUGAACUGUUGAAUUAUUCAAUGUUUAUGAAGAUUUCAUUACGAACGAAUUACCGUAAGUACGAUUCACAAUGUUAAGAAUUAUUUUUCAUGCAUGUACAUAGUAAU